GUCUUCCUCAGUUGUGUAGGUGUGCCUAGCUUCCAGCAAUGGCGUCCUUGACAAAUCUCAUCAUACUACUACCACUUCUCUUGCUCGCCACCUUCUCUCCUACACCAUCCCUGUGCUAUGUCGGUCCAUCUGUUGCAAGGGUACAUGAGGGUGCUACACAAGCAUCUGCCUACCGCACUUACAUUGUGCUCGUCAAGCCACCUCCCUCAGGUACCAACGAAGAGGGGCAUCGUCGGUGGUACGAGACUUUCUUGCCGAGCUCACACAUCGGCGAAUCUGGGGAGCCGCGUCUCCUCCACUCCUACAUCGAGGUGUUCAGCGGCUUCGCGGCGAGGCUCACAGAGGCUGAGCUCGACGCGGUCACCAAGAAGCCAGGGUUCGUGCGCGCGUUCCCAGACCGGACGCUGCAGCUCAUGACCACGCACACGCCGGAGUUCCUCGGGCUGAGGAACGGCACCGGAUUUUGGAGCGACGCAGGCUACGGGAAGGGAGUGGUCAUCGGGCUGCUCGACACCGGGAUCUAUGCAACACAUCCUUCGUUCGACGAUCAUGGUGUCCAAUCACCCCCGACAAGGUGGAGGAGCUCGUGCAAGGCGGUCAGGUGCAACAACAAGCUCAUCGGUGCCAACUCAUUUACUGGAGAUGACGACUCGUACGAUUACGUGGGGCACGGAACACACACCUCGUCCACUGCCGCCGGCAACUUCGUCACCGAUGCGUCAGACCAUGGCGUGGGCACGGGCACUGCUUCCGGAAUUGCUCCAGGUGCCCACAUCGCCAUGUACAAGGUGUGCACCGCCGAGGGCUGCCAAGAAUCCGCCGUACUGGCCGGCCUGGAUGCGGCCAUCAAGGAUGGGGUGGACGUGCUCUCGCUAUCUCUCAGUAGUCUCGCCGGUGUCAGCUUCAAUAAGGACCCCAUCGCCAUCGGUGCGUUCAGUGCUAUAUCCAAGGGCAUCAUUGUGGUGUGUGCGGCUGGCAACAAAGGUCCCACUCCACGGUCGGUCUCCAACAGUGCACCGUGGUUGCUCACGGUUGCCGCUGGCUCAGUGGACCGGAGAUUCGACGCUGGCGUGCAUCUCGGCAACGGCAAGCGCAUGGACGGAGAAGCAUUUACCCCAGCGAUAAAGCCAACCUCAAAGCCAUACCCUCUCUUCUACUCCGAGGAACAUCGUUUCUGCCAGAAUGCGUAUUACGGUUCAGUUGCCGGGAAAAUAAUUGUUUGUCAGUCCACAACACCCAUGGCUCGCUAUUCUGACAUUUCGAGGUUAAUGGGUCAUGGUGCGGCUGGCGUGGUUCUUUUCAAUGACAAAGCCACUGGCUACACCAUUAUUCUUCAGGAUUUCGACGAAGCGAGAGUGGUGCAGGUGACCUUCGCCGACGGCAUCGCCCUCGCAGCUUACACGAAGUCAGCAUCGAACGACGCCGUUGCCACUUUCACAUACAACAACACAGUGUUGGGUGUUCGUCCGAACCCGGUCGUGGCAUCGUUCUCUUCCCGGGGUCCAAGCUCAGUCGCUCCAGGUGUGCUCAAGCCAGACAUUCUUGCGCCCGGGCUCAACAUCCUUGCGGCGUGGCCAAGUCCCCCUUUCAAAAUCAUAUCGGGCACGUCCAUGGCAACGCCACAUGUCAGUGGUGUUGCGGCGCUUAUCAAAAGCUUGCAUCCUGAAUGGUCACCGGCUGCCAUCAAGUCGGCCAUCCUGACAACGUCGGACACCACCAACAACAUCGGCGGCUCGAUCUUGAACGAGAGGCAUGAUAAAGCCAGUGCGUACGAUAGAGGCGCCGGCCAUGUGAACCCGGCGAGGGCUGCUGACCCAGGUUUGGUGUAUGACCUCGGUGUAACCGACUAUGCAGGUUACAUCUGCUGGCUCCUUGGCGAGGAAGGCUUGGUGACCAUCGUACGCAACUCGAGCCUGACCUGCGCGAAGCUGCCCAAGGUCAAGGACGUUCAGCUCAACUACCCUACUCUAACUGUGCCGCUAGCAUCAACGCCGUUCACCGUGACCCGGACGGUGACGAACGUUGGGCCGGCAGAUUCUACAUACGCUGCUAAGGUAAACUCGCCAAGCUCUAUGACAUUGCAUGUCUCCCCAAAGACACUGGUGUUCUCCAAGGCUGGAGAAAAGAAGACGUUCAGCGUGACGGUGAGCUGCCAAGGCGUGGGUGCAUCGGAAAUCUUUGUGGAGGGAAGCUUGAGCUGGGUGUCGAAGAAGCAUGUUGUGCGUAGUCCCAUUGUCGCCAUCCACGGAGUGGGAGGUCAUGCUUCCGCUCCAUCACCAUGAACGAUGUCCAUGCCCUGAGAUUUCAGGCUUAGUGUUUUUUUUUUGUCAGAUCAAACAUGGCAAUGGAAUAAGAUUUGUGUGAUUGUGUCGUCUGAGUUUGUUUUUCUUAUAAGAGUUUUAUUAAGAA